AUGGGCAGGCAGUGGAUCCUUAAUAGCCAACAGGGCUUUGAGACUUCGCUCGAAUACCAAGAGAACGUUCUUGAACCAACUGCAGACGAGAUUGGUCCUAAUGAAGUACUUGUCGAGAUUCAUGCGGCAAGUCUCAACUAUCGAGAGAUCCUGAUCGCUAGCCCGAAUGGCACACACGUGCCAAUCCAAACCCCACUUGUGCCAGGAUGCGAUGGUGCGGGUCUUGUAAAGGCUGUUGGGUCCUCCGUGCAAAGCCUUCAUAUUGGCGAUCGAGUUGUUACGUAUCCAGCGCCCAAUGUUGUUGAGUCCCGCGGAGAUGGGGCAUAUGCUGCCAUGUCAGACGUCCCCUACAUGUUAGGUCAAGGAGCCGACGGAACCCUGCGGUCGGUGGGCAUUUUUCCAGAGGCAGCUCUGGUGCAUGCUCCCAAGUCUUUGGGGUGGCUGCCGGCGGCGACGCUGAGCUGUAACUGGACAACGGCAUGGAACGUGCUCUUUGGAAUGGAGGGAAGAGCAGUCGGACCGGAAACAUGGGUCCUUGUCCAAGGGACUGGCGGCGUGAGCAUCGCUACCCUUCAGCUUGCCGUAGCAGCUGGUGCCAAAGUAGUGGCCACUACAUCGACGGAAGAGAAAAGCACUCGCUUACAAGGACUUGGGGCAGUGAAAACAGUCAACUAUCGCUCAAACCCUGAAGGCUGGGGCCGAGAAUCUCGAAGCUUCACACCUAAUGAGAGAGGAUUCGAUAUUGUCGUUGACAUAGGCGGCAAUCAGACUCUUCCGCAGUCAAUGGAGGCUGUGAGAACAGAUGGUAUUGUUUCAAUGGUGGGUCAGGUUGCAGAUGAUGUUGAUCCAGUACCCCUGCUUUCAAUGUUCAUGCAUACUUGCAUUGUCCGUGCAGUAUUGGCAGGAAGCCGUUCUCAAUUUCAGGAGCUCGUGCGCUACAUUGAUGAGAAAAGCAUAGUGCCUGCACUGGAUGAUGUUGUGUUUGACCUAGCUGAUGCCAAAGAUGCUUACAGACGUCUUAAGAAUAAGAAGCACUUCUCAAAGGUUGUAAUUCAAGUCGCUUAA